AUGGCAUCGAUGCAAGCCACAACCGCACGAGCCUGCUGGUGCCGAGCACCGGGCCAGUGCGAGCUGCAGCAGGAAGCGCUGCCCGCCCUGAAACCGGACGACGUGCUCGUUCGGGCGACGCACGGCGCGGUCAGCCGAGGCACGGAAUCCCUGGUGCUCGCCGGCCGCGUGCCGGCGUCGGAGCACGCGCGCAUGCGCUGCCCGCACAUGGGCGGGUCGUUCGAGUUUCCCGUGAAGUACGGCUACGUGAGCGUCGGCGUCGUCGAGGCGUGUGGUAAGGAUGUGGAACACCUACGAAACGCGCGCGUCUUCUGCCUGCACCCGCACCAGGACGCGUACGUCGUGCCGGCGGCGGACGUGCGGGUCGUGCCGCCGGCGACGCCGUCGGCGCGCGCGGUGCUGGCGCCGAACCUGGAGACGGCGAUCAACGUCGUCUGGGACGCGGGCAUCGGCGUGGGCGACCGCGUGGCCGUCGUCGGCGCGGGCGUCGUCGGCUGCCUCGUGGCGUGGGUCGCAGCACGCAUCCCGGGCGUCGACGUGCUGCUCGUCGACGUCGACGGGCGGCGGCGGCGGGUGGCGGAGGCGCUGGGCGCGUCCUUUGGCCUGGCGGGCGCGCUCGGCGACGGGGCCGGCGACCGCGACGUCGUGGUGCACGCGUCGGGCGCCGCGGCCGGCGCGGCGGCCGCACUCGCGCUGGCCGGCGACGAGGCCGUCGUGGUCGAGGCAUCGUGGCACGGGAGCACCGUCGUGCCCCUCCCGCUCGGCGGGCCGUUCCACGCGCGGCGGCUGACGCUCAAAAGCUCGCAGGUCGGCAACCUGCCGCCGUCGAAGCGGCCGCGCUGGGAUUAUACGCGGCGGAUGAAUCUCGCCCUGAAGCUGGCGGGCGACGCGUCGCUCGACGUGCUCUUCGAGCGCGACGCCGUCGCGUUCGAGGACCUGCCCGCCGCGCUGCCACGCGUCUGCGGCGCGCGCGCCGGGGCGGCCGGGCUGUGCCACCGCGUCGUCUAUUCGUGA